AUGGUUGAAAGUUCUGGGGAGGCAAAGAUGAGAUUGAGACUUCUGGUCGAUGAAGAGAAGAACAAGGUUGUCUGGGCAGAGGCUGAGAAGGAUUUCGCCGAGGUACUCUUUAGUUUUCUUGUAUUGCCAGUGGGGACAAUUGUGAGAUUGCUAGAGAAGCGUAUAAAAUCUGGGACACUGGUCAUAGGUUGCUUGGACAACCUUUACAGAAGUGUUUCAGAGAUGGGCAUCUAUUAUUUUCGGACCCAAGGUUGUAUGGAUAGGCUGCUGUUUCCACAGAACGUGAUGGAGGAUCAAUGUAGAAGGCUUAAGAUCAACAUCGACGAUACUGAUAAUCGGGCUACUAAGUAUUUUGUGUGCCCAAAUUCUGAAAGUGUUGAAUCGUGCUGCAAACUAUACAGCAACAUUUAUGCUACCUCGAAAUGUAGCUGUGGACGGCUGAUGAACAGAGAGGUCAGAUCUUCAGAAGAAGAUCGAGUUGCAGGCAGUGUAUACGUCAGCAACCAUACCUCAUUCAUUAUCACUGAUGAUAUGACUGUGGCUGUUAACUCUCCCGGCCUUUUCCUUAACUCUCUCAAACGUCUAGGUUAUGCUGAUGUUGCUAAGCUUGGUGAAAUGUUUCUUGAUGUUGGUCACGAAGAGGUUAUGAGUUUGCUGGAGUGUUUAUUCACCUCAGACACCCCAUUGACGGACGCAUUUCUGCGGAAGCAAAGUUCACAUGUUAUUACAAAGACGUAUCAAAUGCCUGCCCCGGUUGGGCUAGGAAAUGGAGGCGAAGCAGCAGAACCUGACCCAGCAAUUACUUUGAAUGUUUGUGUGAGAAAGCAGGACAGCAAGUUUCUGUAUUUUGAAUGCGGAGAUGACUUUGUUGAUCUUCUUUUCACUUUCCUUGGCAUGUCUGUGGUCUCUGUUUGGAAAAAUGCUGGGGACGGUAUCAUUCUUGGAUGCAUCGGUAACUUGUGCAGAAGUUUCAAAGAUUUAAGCUCCACGGAAUGGACAGAUGCCUCUUUUCAGCCACCUAAGUUAUACCGCUAUGGUUAUACUUAUCAUAGUAGCUAUAGUCAUAGUAAGCGGUAUGGCUUCACUAGAAACUGCAGCAGGCGUCUUGAAAAUGCUUCUGAGAAGCUUGUGCCCGUGAAUCCGGUGGAUGAUAAUUGUAAGUUUGUGAAGGAAAAGACAAGGUUCUUUUUGUCAGAUGACAUGGUCAUCAAACCUUGGUUCUCAACUUCACCCAUUUCAUUGCUAAAGGAGCUGCAUGUCCGCUUAGAUGAUGUUGAGAUGCAAGUGAUUAGCAUCAGAAGAAAGGAGAUCAUAAACUUGGUGGGAGCUUCUUUGGUGACACCCUUCGCCUUGAGCACUGCUCUUCGCAAAUUGCUCCCGAAGAAGCCUAAAGAAGAACCUUAUUUGACUCCAUCGAAGCGAAGUUUCUCUUCUGGAGAUGGCUCUUGAAUGUUUUUUUCCAUCUUUGGGUUAUCAUGCUCAUGUCAUAAGCUUUUGUUCCAUUCUCUUCAUCUUCUACUGCAUCGUUGUCUUUGGAGUUGUGGUCGUGUUGCAUGGCUCUAUUGUUGGUGUUUUUUUAG